GAAUCGCGCGACCGCUGGCAGAAGUGCCUCGAUAACCUGAGGUCGGCCAACUACGAGAAGCUGCGGAUGCAGUCCAGCGCGCACGAGAACGUCACCGACGCCAUCGAGCUGAGCGUCAACAGUCUGGACGACGAGCACGCCGAGUAUUUCCGCCGCCUAGCCGUGUUCGGGGCCGACAUCAACAUUCCCCGCCAGGUGCUGUGCACCUACUGGAAAAUGACCGCCGACGACGUGGAUGACUGCAUGCUGUACCUGGUCAAGAAGUCACUGGUCCAGGAGAUGGAGGACUCAAAACUCGACACAGUGUCAUACAGCAUGCAUGACCUUGUCAUCGACUACAUGACCAAAAAGUACACGCCGGAUGAGAAGCGGGAGCUGCACGCCCUGCUGCUGGACCGCUACCUGGAGGCGUGCGGCGGCGACUACGGGCCGGCUGCCCGACGAUGA